AUGACCGCCGCCAUACGCGACGCCGACCGCAGUACCCUAGCCUCCUUGUCGAAUCCUGUUUUUCAUUCCUUGCGAGAAGCCGCACCCGUUUGCAACUCUAACUCUAUCCAUUCACCCAUCUCACUCUAG